AUGCAGCACGGCUACACCACAGGUGAAAGAAGCGCUUGCAAGGGCGGUCUACAGAGCUGUGGGCCAGAUUUCGAGAGAAAACGUGCAGCUGAACGCGAUUGUCUUGCUGCUGAAAGCGGCAUCGGCAGCGUCGCAGCAGAGGGCUCAUCUUCUUCAAUUUCUUCUGUUGCUCAGGAGUCGUGGUCCGCUUGGUGGAAGGACCGUUUGAGCACAGCUCGGGCACAGGUCAUUACCAGUGCUGAGUUAAGAAAGCCUGCGAAAGACUUCUACACCAUUCGCUUUCUCCUCUCCUUAGCCUGCUUCCUGCUGCUGUUGCUGGCAUGGAACUCGUUGGCCGGAACGGGUCGCAGCUUCACGGCGGCCCUGACGUCCAACAUUUUCAGCGGAACACAAGUCUUUGCAAUUAUGGGUGUGAUGGCAGCCAUGAUUGCUGAUCGAGCGCUGUAUACUUGGUACACGCAAGAUCGGGUUACUACAGAAGGUUUAUCAGGCCCUGAGGAUGUCUUGCCACGACGUUCCAAGAAUGCCGCGUUGCUACAGCUGUUGCUCCUUUUGGUGCAACUGGUGAUGCUCCACGCCGUGCAGAUCAAUGCCUGGGCCGAAAGAGCAAGUCCCUCUGCAAAAGAGGUGUCCACGUUUAACAGCUUCACGCUGGUGUGUUUCUACUUUCUCUACGUGUUGUAUUUGGUAUUUAGUUCGAUGCAGUUGAGAUACGAUGUCCAUUUACUUCGGGGUGGCCUCGGUCUUACCCACAGCGUUGACUUUGUCCCCUGGCUGUUGUUCAAGGUUUACACCAUGGUGCCGUUUGUUGACGAACUGCGAGUACUCACUGACUGGACAGUUACAAGUACCUCCAUGAAUCUCUUCAUGUGGUUCAAGCUGGAGGACGCUCAGCAAAGUCUCUACAAGACGAAGUGCGACAUGAACGCCAGGAAAUACGUGAAGCCCGCUUUCGAGCGACCAGUGAGAGAGAAACUUCUUCAAGGUGGUUUGUUCCUUCUUGCUUUGUUUGUGCUGAUUGUUGGCCCGAUCACCUACUUCUCUACAGCCAACUUGUUUCUGAAGAGCAACUUGGUCUACAUGGGCUCGCUUAAAGCGAAUCUGGAGGUGGAGAUGACAGGUGGAGGGAUCAGCCAGCUGCCAUUGUACGACACGGCGCAGGCAGAUAUCGACACAUUGAGUAGUGAUGAUGCAAAGCGUUUUGCUGUGAGCCAUCCCAAUGUGGGGAACUCUGACGACCUGAAUUUGCAGAAAGUGAAAUUCCCAAUGUCCGCGGAUAACCUGUGGCUGGUUUCCAACUCCCUACGACAAAAAGUGGCCACACAGCUUGGUAGUAAUGGUACCAAAGCCAACCUGGUGGUGACGUAUCAAUUCCAAGGAAAUCUGACUACGACGGGUCGUGGCAUCGGUCGUACACCUCCAGUGGCACUCAGCGAGGACCAGGUAAACACAUUGGCAAAGGUACUGCAGAACACCUCCUUUGAAGGUGAAGCCAGCAUUGAUGUGCCUUGUAGCAUCCAGACGGCUAUUCUCAUUGACUCCUCCGGACAGUUGACGGCGAUGGGUGCAAACAUUUCCUUACGUCUUACACUCUCUGCCUCUUCACCCUUGCCGCAGUGGUCAAUGGCGGGAAGUUGCAACCCUUGUUCAUCGCUAGAGGCUGGCAAUAGUAGCUGCAGCAUCACCUUUGACGUGGCUAGUGAGAAGGUUGCUCCUACUCCCACGGGUGAUAGCUCAUCCACGAGCUAUAGCCUCAUGGGAAUCUACUUAGGUGUUGUUUACACCAUUGGACGCUUCCUGCGCCUUGUCUUCCAGGAUUCCUCCCAGCGUGUCAUCUAUGAAGAGAUGAAUGACACCGAACUACUGCAGGAUUUGUGCAGUGGGAUCUACAUCGCUCGCAUUACUGGAGAUUUGGAGAGCGAGUAUGGGUUCUACUACGAGCUGAUUCGUAUCUACCGAAGUCCAGAACUCUUGCUAGAUAUCUCCAAGCCCAAGUCCAAAGUGGAUGAGCGCCAAUUUCGUCCGGGUAUUCUGUAUCGUCAAGCCGCGGUGCCUAGCGAAAGCGCCAUGACAGAGGUCAGCGACACGGGCACAUUGCAGCGCCGAUCAGGUCGAGAUGCCUCUGAAGAUUGAGUCAAUCAAUUUCGGAUUUCUCGUGAAUUGUUC